AUGGAAAACCUUCUUCUCCAGCUGCCUCAUUCCACAAACCAAAAUACUAAGAGGAUCAAAAGGCCGCAAUCAGAGUCCACCAUCAAUGACUUACCAGACGAGAUACUUUCUCAUAUUCUCUCUUUUCUCCCAACCAAACAUGCUUUCAAAACCAUCCUUCUUUCCAAGAAGUGGAUCCCUAUAUGUCACUCACUCUCAGUUUUACGCAUUGACGAUGAUGGAGCCGUCAGCAACUCAAUGAACCGGAUUCACUUGCUUAAAUUGGUGGAAGCAUUUAUGUUCUCUCCACACUCUCAACACCUUCCCCUCAAAUCUUUUAUUCUCAAUUGUCGUUCUCAACAAUGGGAUGCCGAGACUGACCGAUUCACUUUCGACAAAUGUCUCGAAGCAGCUAAACUACGUCGCGUUAUUUAUCUCUAUCUAUACUUGUUAUACAUCCCUUUAUCCCCUACCAUUUUCUGCUUCAAAACACUUGUCUCCAUGACAUUAAUCAAAAUACGUCCACACACUUUGUUUCAUUCUUCUGUUGAUCUUCCUUUACUCAAAACCCUCUAUAUGUAUGAUGUUUGUUUUCAUCAUAUAGCCGAUUUCAUGAAACUUCUCUCUGGGUGUCCCGUAUUGGAGAAAUUGUCUACUGUAUUUGUUCAAGCAAAUGACAGGUCUGCAACAAAAGUGUAUUUCAAACCCUUGUCCAAGUUGAUCACCGCCGAUAUCCUUUUAUUCGAGAUUCCGUUUAAAGUUUUAGGGCAUAGUCGUAAUGAUAAAAAAACCGAUUCAUUUUACAAAGAGUUCCCAGUAUUUGAAAACUUAACAGUACUUAAUCUAUGUUGGAGUACUUCUGCCCAAAUUCAUGAAUGGGAUGAAGUAGUCAAAAUGCUCCAAAGCUGUCCCAAACUUCAAUCUCUUUCCAUUUCAAAGGCAAAAAGUUCACCAACCAAAGAGGACUGGAAAUAUCCAUAUCAUGUUCCUCAAUGUCUAUCAUCUCAUCUAACAACGAUUAACAUUACAGAAUAUGAAGCUAUCGAAGCUGAUUUUCGAUUCGCAGCAUAUAUUUUGGAGAAUGCGAGACAUUUAGAGAAGAUGACCAUUUGCCGUAAUCAUUUCCCAAAACCAAUGGAGAGCCCCCAUUUUUUAAGUGAUUUAUUCUCUUGUUCAAGGAUAUCUCCUGCAUGUAAGCUGUCAUUUUCUGAGCUCUAUCGGUUUCAAUAUUCAUACAGAGAGCCACUUGUUUUGAACAGACUUGUGCUUAAAUUUGCUCUCAUCUUAGAGUAA